GACGCGAGGGCUAGCAGGCUCUGUGGGGGGUGGUCGAGGUAGGGGCGGAGCGGCGCAGCCAGUAGCCGCUGGAGCCGGGCCGGGCUGGGCCGAGCCGAGCCGCCGCCGCCGCCAUCGCCAUGCCCUCCGAGAAGAGCUUCAAGCAGCGCCGCACCUUCGAGCAAAGAGUAGAAGAUGUGCGACUGAUUAGAGAUCAGCAUCCAACAAAAAUACCAGUGAUAAUUGAAAGGUACAAGGGUGAGAAGCAGCUUCCAGUUCUGGAUAAAACUAAGUUCCUGGUACCAGAUCAUGUCAACAUGAGCGAACUAAUCAAAAUCAUCAGACGACGCCUGCAGCUGAACUCCACUCAGGCUUUCUUCUUACUGGUGAAUGGACACAGCAUGGUGAGCGUGUCAACCCCCAUAUCAGAGGUGUAUGAAAGCGAAAAGGACGAAGAUGGAUUCCUGUACAUGGUAUAUGCCUCUCAGGAAACUUUUGGAGUGCAGUCGUCUGUGUAAACCAUUCAAGUGGCUUCUAGCCUAGGAUUUUGGUUUUACCUUCUAACCCCCCAUCUCCACCCCAGGAAAAAGAAAGGGAUGUCACCGACUUCUCUCAGUACCUUAGCAUAGGCUUGCUUUAGCAGGUGUCCUCCUCUUACCUUACCUUGUUGUGAAUAUUAAACAGCUGAGUGCCAGUACAGACAAGCAUAGAUCUAGCUUUGAAAACCUGCUGUCAUAUUUCACAUAGGCACACUUGUUUUAAGUCUCUGGACUUCCUGAAUGGAACCAUACCUUGCACAUUCAGAUUGCCAACACAAGAAACACUUGGCUGACUUCAGUGACACAGGAACUGGCACCAGUUUCCAGUAGUGAACAAAAGUGUUUGGGACAUCUUUCUGUUAAUUCCUUACUGUUCCUAGAAAGUGCUCCUUUUCAGGGAAAGGCUUCCUUUUUCCAUCAUGGAGCAAACAUGUAAGGGUCUAAAGUGCAAGUUUGUGCAUAUUAAAUCUUUAGUCUAACUAGGGAAUCAUUUGCCUCAGUAUUUGCAGAAAGUCAGGGCAAGUGGUGGUGGGGGAAUAGUUUCAUAGUACUGCUACUGCAUAAGAUAAGAUGCCAGAUUCCUGGACAUUAUUCAUACCAAACCCCACAGCUUUACUCUAAUUGUAGCAAGUAUAUAUUUUAAGAUGAUUCCAGGUUAGCUCCUGGACAGUUAACAUUAAGAGAAACGUCAAUCUAUUACAAAUCGUCACUGCUUUCUGGUUUCACUGACACAAAUGGCUGCUCCAUGUGAGCUAACUUUCAGUGGAUAGUCCCUCCUACCCUGAGGGGCUGCUUUUCCAGAGCAUAAUAGGGUUUUUUUUGAUUAAAAGAAAUUAUUUCCAUAAAACAUGACUGGGUGGUAGAUGCAGCCACUAAAAAUGGGUAAUGCCCCCAUAGUGAUCUUGGUCUUUAAAAUCUUAUUGGUUUUACUCCAUGCACCAUUCUGCUUAAUUUGUUCUUUAUUACUGUUCUCUAUAUUCAGCAUAGCAGUUGUAUAUGAACUCUUCAGGGCUGGAAGUCAAACUGCUUUGUUUAUACACAGUUCUACUGAAAACAUCAGAUUCAAACUUGCAUCAAAAUUGUCUGUCACUUGUUUGUUCAUGUCAUAACUGAUGGGGGAAGUGUUUAUAAAAUCAUUUCACAUUCAGGAGUUGAUAAAGUUCUGAGGAACAACUUCUAUCACUGAAGCUUCCUGCCCACUGCGUGGAGUUUAAAAAUUUGGUGUUACUAUUAUCAUGAAUAGGGAUGAAUCCUAUGCAGAGAGUUCCAAGUAGGAUCAGUGUCCUGCCUUUAGAGCUGUUGUAAAGUUAAGUAUCGCAGGCUAAGAUUUACCCUUGUAUAUCAUGUUAUGAAUUAAUUACAUCUGUUAGUGGAAGUUAACUUACUACCAGGGAGAAGGGGAGGAGAGAAGCAAUACUACUGCAUCUUGGCACUCUGUACAACAUCAAGGUGUACAAUUUGUACCUACAGCUUUCUGCUUGCAUCUUGUUCACAAUACUUAUUUAAUUUUUAAAUAUUCAUUGUUUUUUUACUUAAUGUAAACUUUAAAAGCAGCUUGUCUUAUGUUUAGUUUUUUGUGUAAAACCAUCCUGUUAAACUCAUGACAGCCAUUCUUGUAAUUACUGUGUGAUCAAUGACUGAUUCCUGUACAAAUGUUGCAUUUUUUUUUUAAUUAAUACAGUGCUGAUAUAACUCAA